CGUGACGUCAGUGCCGUAAAGCGCCAGCCGGUGUCGUGAAUCGGCGCAUGUGUGGCUGUUGUCAUGCCGUGCGCUCAAGUCAAAUGAGAGAUUUUGGGUUAUUGAUGGUGUAAAUGUAUAAACCGGAGCUGCUGGAUAUCAUCUGUCAGCACAGAAACACAGGACGCGGAAGCUGGAUGUUUGUGCUGGUGGAGAUGGUGGACACGGUCCGGAUUCCUCCGUGGAGUUUCCACCGACAGCUGAACGACGCGAUCUCCGAGGAGCUCAACAAGAAGCUCGCCAACAAGGUGGUGUAUAAUGUGGGCUUGUGUGUAUGUCUGUAUGACAUCACUAAACUGGAGGACUCCUACAUCUUUCCUGGAGAUGGAGCGUCCCACACUAAAGUGCAUUUUCGGUAUGUGGUUUUCCACCCGUUCCUGGACGAGAUUCUGGUGGGAAAGAUCAAAGGCUGCAGUGCUGAAGGUGUUCAUGUGAGCCUCGGAUUCUUCGAUGACAUCAUAAUCCCGCCAGAGUCGCUACAGCAGCCGGCUAAAUUCGAUGAGGCAGAGCAGGUGUGGAUGUGGGAGUACGAGACGGACGAGGGCGCUCACGACCUCUACAUGGACCAGGGCGAGGAGAUCCGCUUCAGGGUGGUGGACGAGGUCUUCAUCGACACGUCGCCCACGGGUCCCAGCGCAGAGAAGGAAGGGCCGAGCGCAGCCCCCACAGCGCCACCUGCAGGAGCGGAGGACAGCGCGCAGCAGAAAGAGGCUCCCUACACACUCAUCGGAUCUGUAACUGAACCAGGUCUGGGUCUCCUGUCCUGGUGGAACAGUUAACAGUCUCAUCUGUGUUAUGAAGCAUGAAAAAUCUGCUGAAACUUCUCAUAAGACUAAUUUACACACAGAACUGAAGAGCUGUGGACCAAUCAGUGAGCAGCUGGUGCUGGCCAAUAGGAGAUGCUUAAUAAAAGAGCCUUUAUAACGAUUUAAAUGGGACUAUUGUGUUGUAUUGCUGUGUCCUAUGGAGUUUACUGUAUAGGUAAAUUAUAUAAAAAUUCUAUAAAAAAGUUUAGCAAAUAAUCUUUUUCUGACACGGAAUGGAAUUUUUUCAUGUGAAACUGUAUGUUUUUUUUUCUCCUGCUUUUGACAUUUUUAAAUGAAAUAAAUGAAAAAAAUAUAGAUUA